AUUCAUGUUAGAUGAAAGUACUAACGCCAAAGUCGGUAAUUCUUUUUUACUAAGGAAAGUUGGUUAUUUGUACACUUUAUGCUUUAGAAACAAAGAAUCGUACGUCUAUUAUUAAAUUUACAUACUAUAUAUAUAUACAAUAUAAUUCUAAUAUACUAUACGCUUUAUGUUUAUACUUAUAAAACAGUUGACCAAAAUGGACACAAUGAUUUCGAAUGUACUGCAAUUCGGCGACUCAAGACUGGGUGGAGGAGAUGAUUUUACAGAUCAACUUAAUAGUAAAUACACAGUUUAUCUCCUGGUCGCAUUGUCGGUGAUUGUAUCGACAAAUCAUUAUAUAGCGGAAGCUAUAUCUUGCUGGUGUCCAAAUAAUUUUACGGAUGCUCAAGUUGAAUAUACAAAAUCAGCUUGUUGGUCAAGGAGAGCUUAUAGAGUACCUAAGGUGUCGGAUUAUUAUGAUAUCUAUACCAAGGGAAACGAUAAUGAGUAA